CCACGUCACUUUUCCACUUUCAAAUUUCCUUUAGGUGAAAACUAAAAUUUCCGCCGAACACUCUACUUUUAGUUGUCUUACCUUCUCUAAAAAAUGGCGAUCUCCAAGAAGAGCCCUCUUUCUUCCUCAAAGAAAAAGGCACUGGAAAUCAAGAAAAAGCUGCUCAAGAAAAGGGCUUCGGGUCCAAGUAAAACCAUCAAGGUGGAAAAUGGAGACAAAAAGAAGGUUCAAAUAUGCACUGAAAAGAAGUCACAGAAACACAGCUCUGUUGAAGCAAACUCAUCGGCCAUGCUGCGAGCUGGAGAAGUUCAAGCAAAUUUGCCUUUACAGUUUCCUAGUUUUGUCAAAUAUAUGCUCCAUUCACAUGUCACGGGGGGAUUUUGGUUGAGCUUUCCAAAAAGAUUUUGCGAUGCCCAUUUGCCAAAACAUGAUGAUACCGUUGUUUUGGUGGAUGAAAACGAAGAAGAAUUUGCUGCCAAGUACCUUAUUGAUAAGAAUGGAUUGAGUGGAGGUUGGAGAGGUUUCUCCAUUGCUCACAGCCUUCUUGAAGGGGAUGUCUUAGUCUUCCAAUUGAUUCAACCCUGCAAAUUUAAGGUAUACAUUGUAAGAGAAAAUAGCUUGACAGAAAUUGAUAGUGCUAUCAGUCUCCUAAAUCUGGAUUUUCAUGCUAGACCAAUCAAAUCUGAUCAAGAUGAAGUGAUGAAAAUUUGUGAAGCAAAAGAGGAGAAACACUUGGAGCCUUCUACACAAGAUAUUCAUCAAGAUGACAAACAAGAAGAAGCCAUGUUGUUACCAAACUCGGACCACGGCCCUGUAACAGAUCAAUGUGGGAAUGACAGCGAUAAUACCUCUGAAGUUUUAGAAGGCAUUAGAUUUUCAGAAUCAAGAAUUGAAUUCAAAGAUGUGAAGGACUAUUCUGGUUUCAACAUUCUCGUCGAUGGCCUGAUCAUCGACUCUGAGGUUCCUGCCCAUACUCGGACCAAAUACUAUGAUCUUUGCAGUACCCAAAAUUCAUUUCUCCAUGACCAUUUGCUUGGUGGCCUAAAUGUCAAGCUAGCUGCUGGAAUGAUUACUGAAACUGUGAACAUUGCUGAUGCCAUUAGAGCUUCCAAGAUGUCGACCCCUCGUGAAUAUCUUGAUACUUGGGACAAUACAUUGAAAGGGUUCGAGUGUUUAGGCAUGGGAGUUGGAUUUUUACGUGCAAGGCUUAGUAAGCUCGUUAGCUUGUCUUGUGAAUCGAAAAACAUUCUUGCAUCAAAGAAAGUUGAGCUAGCUGAAGCAAAAGAGGAAAUGAGGAAUCUUGAAGAAAAGGUUUUGAAAGUGAAACAGGUGAUAAAGAAUCUAGAUUCUGAUAUUGAGGCUUUAACAAAGAAAGAUGCAAAUUUUGAGCUCAAUUUCAAGAGACUGGCAGCUGCUCCAUGGUAAAGAUAUCUUUCUGAAAAAAUGGUCCUGACUAAUAUUAGUGUAUAAUUAGUUUGUGAAGAGCCCUUUUAGGUUCGUAACAGGAAUAUUCAACUCUUCUUUAAAGAUGGGUCACUGCUAUUUUUCGUGAGGCUACACGGUCCAUCGUAUCCUUCUUCCAGUGUAAUUGGUUAACUUUUUGUAAAUUGCUGAGAAGCUUACUGUCUAGUAUGACUAUGAAGGUCACCAGAUAUUUAUUACUAGAAUGAGUCAAGAGUAUAUGACUAGUUGGAACGAGUCAAGAAGACCUACAAGUGUAUAAAUUUCUAUUUUUCUUGUCACAUGCGUUUUGAAUUUUUUUUUUUU